CGAUGCUGGAAACUCGCACGCUAACUGCCAUCAAGUUACAAAACUACAAAUUUAAUGAACCCUUUCGCCAGCCCAGUGUCGCUUGAAGAUGCAAGGUCAAUAUAACACGCCAAAUACUCACAAGUAUUCUGUUAUUCUACCAACCUACAAUGAGCGCAAGAACCUCCCAAUUAUUAUCUGGUUGCUGGUGAAGGUCUUCGAGGAACACCAGCUUGCUUGGGAGAUCAUCAUCGUAGACGAUGCGAGUCCGGAUGGGACGCAAGAUGUAGCCAUUGAAAUGGCAAGGGCUUAUGGCGAGGACAAAAUAUUGCUCAAACCACGGGCAGGGAAACUUGGACUCGGGACUGCAUAUAUCCAUGGGCUCGACUUCUGCACUGGUGACUUUGUGAUAAUAAUGGAUGCCGACUUUUCGCAUCAUGUACGUGCUUCAACAUCCUUUGACGAACAAGUUCUGAUAUUACAACAAGCACACAACCUCGACAUUGUGACGGGAACGCGAUAUCGCUCAACAUCCACUCCAUACCUUGCUGAAGCUCAGCCUGGUGGUGUGCACGGCUGGGACUUGAAGCGCAAAUUAGUCUCACGAGGGGCAAAUUUCCUGGCUGCCACUAUGCUGAACCCCGGAGUAAGCGACCUAACCGGCAGUUUUAGACUGUACCGGCUGCCCGUACUUCGGCAUAUCAUUUCACUGACACAGUCCAGGGGGUACGUGUUCCAGAUGGAGAUGAUGGUGAGAGCACGGGCGCUGGGGUAUACCGUUGGCGAGGUACCAAUUACUUUUGUGGAUCGGAUAUUUGGAGAAAGCAAGCUCGGCGCGGAUGAGGUUGUGGGAUAUGCAAAAGGCGUGUGGCAGCUAUUCAAGUCGGUUUAAAGUACUACGAACAAUGCAUAAGCCUUGAUUAUACUGUGUUCCGUUUUUUAGAUGGUGAACUCGGAAUAAUCAUCAGAGUUUUUCAAUACUAUCCCUCACGGCUUCACCCUUAUAAUGGUUGUAUGUGUUACAUGCGAAUGAGAAUUAUGUGCUCCUGGUGUGGCUACAGGCAUUCACUAACUAGCCAUUA